AUUAGCGCCAACGAUUGAGUAUACUAAUUAGCAGUAUCGGCACGAUUAAAGAAAGCAAAAGAAUUUGGGCGCAGUACCGGAAAGGCGAGGCCUUGCGCACCGUAGAAAUUGGCCAUCAGUCCAUCACGAGCAGGGCCGAGCACCGAGCAAAGAAGAAGCUUCCCUCUCCACCUUCUCUCUACGCGGAGUCUCUUCCUCCCACUGCCACUGCGCCGUGCUGCGAUUUGGUCUUCGGAGGAGAGGAGUUUGCGGGCGGUUGUUUGUUUCUUUGGAGGUGCUGGGGGGUCAAGGAGAUUGCGUGCUUGCCAUGGUCGAAGCGCUCGGGGAUGGAUUGAGGCGUGGGGGAAGAGGAGGCUUGCUCCCUCUUCUUCGGUGAUCGGUUUUGGGCUCCGUCAUGGCGGCGGUCUGGGCUUGGCACAGGAUCUGCUAAUCUGUGUACCUGGAUUUCCUGCGAUCCCGUCAUAUGUAAAGUCAUCUCUGAUGAAACAUUGUGGGUUGCUUUCUUGACGAAUAUUUGUCAUUGGGUGGUGGCAUAUUCUCUGAUGACUACUUAUGUCUGGUGAUUAUUGAAAGUAAACGCAUCUUUCAAUUGGACUUUCCUCUCUGGGAAUUAUCUUCUGUGAGAAGCAAUUCCUAGUUUGAGGGCAAAUCUCCUUUGGCAAAACCUACAUACCUAUAGUUCUGGGCACAUCUCCUUUGGGAAACCUACAUACCUAUAGUUCUGGGCAAAUCUCCUUUGGCAAAACCUAUCUAUAGUUCUGGGCAAAUCUCCUUUGGCAAAAGUACCUACUGUUCUUCUGUCCUCCUUUGUCAUAUGCUUUUGCUUCCAAUUGCUCCCUGGACAAAUCUCCUUUGGCAUUAGCUUUAGCAAUAGUUUGUUAUCUGGGCACAUCUCCUUUGGCAUUAGCUUUAGCUUCAUAGGCCUUUCUGGGCAAAUCUCCUUUGGCAUUAAGUAUUACUGUUUCUUAUUUCCUAUUUGGGCAAAUCUCCUUUGGCGGUUACUGAUUACUAUAUCAGGGAAUUCUCCUUUGGCGCUAGCAGUCAAGUGUGCUUGCUGUACACAUUGGCCGAACGCCACCUUGCUGCUCAAACCAUAUCACAGAACACAGCUUAUACCAAACAGGAUUUGCAGACAUGGACUUGUUUGCAGUUGACUCAGACAGUGAGUCGUACACUGGAACCAGUGACAGCGAGGACCAAGAAGAAUGUGAAUUUACAUACAGCGACCAUGCACAGAGCAUCUUAUCAAGCUUGGAUGAGAGCAUCGGCAAGAUUGAUGAUUUUCUUACUUUUGAAAGGGGGUUUCUUCAUGGGGACAUAGUCUGCCCUGUGUCUGAUCCUUCAGGUCAGUUGGGCCGUGUUGUUGGGGUUUCAAUGUUUGUUGACUUGGAGACAAACUCAGGUGAUAUAAUAAAAGAUGUGAACAGCAAGCAGCUUUCAAGAGUGAGAUCAUUUGUCUCGGGUGACUGCGUGGUUAUGGGACCAUGGAUUGGGCGAGUGGUCCGGGCAUUUGACCUGGUCACCAUUGUGUUCAGUGAUGGAGCAAAGUGUGAAAUGCUGUUAAGGGACUCUGAGUUGCUGAAGCCCAUCCCUCCAAUCCGUUUUGAAGAUGCACCUUACUUUUACUACCCAGGCCAACGUGUGAGGAUUGCUCAUCCCUCUGUUUCCAAGUCAGGAACAUGGUUGCGUGGAUCAUGGAGGGCCAGUCGAGAUGAAGGUGUCGUGUCUGAUGUUGAUGUAGGGCUGGUGCAUGUGAACUGGAUAACCUCGGUGACGAAUGUUUGGGGGAAUCAAUCAGCAAGUCCUUCAAACUUUCAGGACCCAAAGAACCUCAGUUUGCUGUCAUGCUUUCCUUAUGCCAACUGGCAGUUGGGUGAUUGGUGCACUCUCUCUGCUUGCCUCGAUGGAAGUCUCGGGACAAUGGAUGCUGUCAAGUCUUGCUUCUCAACUGAAGAGCAUAAGUGCAAUUCCCACAUGCAGAUAGAUUUUGGGACUUCCCGGUCAGAAUGUUCUCAAACAUAUGUCGUUGCCAAGACAAAGAGCACUUUUGAUGUUUUAUGGCAAAAUGGAAAUCUAUCUCUUGGUCUAGAACCCCAGACAUUGGCUCCUGUUAGCACCCCUGGUGAUCAUGAUUUUUGGCCAGGGCAAUUUGUUCUGGAAAAACUGACAGCAGAGGAGGAUGCUGAAUGCCAGCGGAUUGGGACAGUGAGAAAUGUGGAUGCACUUGAGCGGACUGUAAAUGUAAAAUGGACUGUUCCAGUUGAUAGUGACAUUAUCAGGCAUGGAAGUAGCCCCACUGAGGAGACGGUGAGUGCUUAUGAGCUAGUAGAGCACCCGGAUUUCUCUUUUUGCACUGGUGAAGUCGUUAUUCGAUCAGCUCUUAACAUCGAUAAGUCUGAAGCCGAUCUCACCAAUGGAACCAUGACCGUUAGCAGGGAAAGUCUGGAUACCUCCUCUGGCUUCUUAUCAUGCAUUGGCAAUGUUCUUGGGUAUAAGGAUGAAGGAGUUGAAGUCCAAUGGGCCAGUGGUGCGAUAUCCAAGGUGCAGCAUUUUGAAAUAAUUGGAUUAGAGAGGCUUCUAGAUAAUUCACUGGGAUCUAUGAAUGAGGUGCAUACUUCUGUCGAUGACGAGGCCGAGCAGGACGAAACUCAGCAUGAGAGCACAAAGAAUGCUCUGGAAGAGUCUGCUGAAGACUGCACCGGUUCGUUACGCAGUGCUUUCCUCUUCCCCAAAACAGCUUUUGUUUUUCUGACAAAUGUGGCUUCUAGUUUGUUUGGUUCCCAAGGUUCUACAUCUUAUAGCUCAGUUACUGCAGAUCUGCAGUAUCAAAUUGUGAAGACAGCAGAACUACAUCCAUCUGCAGAAGAACUUUCUGAAGAAAAACAGUCCGUGGAGUUAGUGACGCAGAUUCAGAAGCCACAAUUACCUUCAGAAAAUGACAUAAAAAGAUUUGAUGUUGUGGUAGACUGUUCUGAUCAUCACUUUGUGAAGGAACGUGGCCACGAAAAUGUUAAAAGAGGUUGGCUGAAGAAAAUACAACAGGAAUGGACGAUCUUACAAAAUGAUUUACCAGAUGAUAUCUAUGUUAGAGUUUAUGAGGAAAGGAUGGAUCUUCUGAGGGCUUGCAUUAUUGGGGCAGUUGGAACGCCUUACCAUGAUAAUUUGUUUUUCUUUGAUAUUUUCUUCCCACCUGAUUAUCCUCAUGAACCACCUUCUGUUCACUAUCACUCUGGAGGCCUCCGCCUGAACCCAAACUUGUACGAAUCAGGCAAAGUAUGUCUAAGCCUUCUCAAGACAUGGGCAGGAACUGGGAAUGAAGUGUGGAGUCCAGAGGGCUCGACUGUUCUUCAACUGCUGUUAUCCCUUCAGGCUCUGGUUCUCAACGAGAAGCCUUAUUUCAAUGAGGCGGGCUACGACAAAUUUGUGGGUAAAGCUGAUGGAGAGAAGAACUCCAUCACAUACAAUGAGAACGCUUUCUUGCUGUCAUGCAAGUCCAUGAUGUACAUUUUGCACAAACCACCAAAGCAUUUCGACAAGUUUGUCAAGGAGCACUUCGCUGGUCGCGCGCCGGACAUCCUCGAAGCCUGCAGCGCUUACCUCGGCGGCGAUCUCGUCGGCCAUGCGCGCGACACCGCAUACAUAUCAGAUGACGGCUGCAAGAACUGCUCAACUGGAUUCAAGAUCAUGCUCGGCAAGCUACUGCCGAGGCUCGCCGCUGCCUUCUCCGAAGCCGGGAUCACCUGCGGCGAGUGACUUCAGACCAGGUGCGCUCUCCUACAUCCGCAGCGACGGCUGCGGUACUCCAACGUGCCAUCGGUAUUGUAUAGGAUUUGGAAUAAAAUGCUACCUGGCGGAGUAUAUAUGACAACACUCGUAAUGUGCUGUGUGAAUCUUGUAAAGCUGGGAAAACUUGUGUAUAUAUGAUUGCUGAACUGUAGUGUGCCCAGAAUCCCAGAUGUUGUUUGCUGGCACUUGGAGUUGGUUUGUGCUAGUGCCUCAAGAGUGUGAUGGAAUGGAAGUGUGUAUGUAAAUUCGUGUGUUCAAAUAGUAACCUGUCUGUGUAGUUGACAGCGAAGGUAUCUGUUUUGUAUGGACGUCCUCAGUUUGAAUCACAAACAUGGCUUAAAUUAUUUUAUCAUCUUCA